UCUCGGCCGACGUGCACACGUUUGGCGUGCACGUUUGACGUGCGUGGUCGUUGGUCACAGCAACGCGAGACAGGAAGUGAUGAAGUCCACUAAGCUCAUCUUCCUGUGUGCCCGUGAGGACAGCAGCAGAAUAACAAUCAGCCAAUCAGCACGUAGCUCACACCAGCACUCUAUAAAUGAAGAAGUACGCACAGGGGUAGAGGAGGGAAGGAACACACGCACACGCAUUAUUGCAGUAGGGGUUAGCAUUAGCAUGCUGGUUAGCCAGUUGAAAAUACAACCUGACCAAGAGGCGGAACUAUUGAGCUACAGGCAGGCGGGGGGAGGGGGUGGAUGCUGAGGAAUCGGCAGACAUGCUAAAGGACACACCAUCAUAAUUAUCACAUCAUCAUCAUCCUCACUGCUGCUGGCAACACAAGGACAAGCGUGGACGCGUUUGCGCACUGAGGAUCGUAGAUGUCCUUUGGUUUGUCCCCAGUCCUGCGUGUUGCUUUAACAAGCUAGCUAGCUCGCUAGCUGCAGGGAAGCUCCAAGCAUCAUGGGAACCAAAGGCGUUCAUGUUGGGAACGAGUAGGAAGCCAGCGAUAACUUCCUGAUCCCACUCGUUUCCUUGUGGUUUCAGGUCGGGUCCAACCGGAUCACAUAAUUUCCCGCCAUGGCGACCACAUCCACUCAAAGACGUCUCUGACAGCAAGGCGGGUCCUUCCAGCUCACUUGUGGUGUGCCGGUGGUGUGCCGGUGGCGUGCAUGCGUCCAGCAGCGUGUUCUCUAUGAGGAGGUUGGAAGAUGCCACCUGCGGGGGCGUUGUUGCUCUCCAUCGACGUGCUCGUCCUGCUGACGUCCACGGCGUCGGCCCGGCAGAAGGAGGACGGCGCCAUCUCUGUCGUGCGGCUGGCAGCCAUCCUGGAUGACCAGCCCUUAUGCGGCCGCGGUGAACGUCUGGCGCUGGCGUUAGCGAGCAAGGACAUCAAUGGAUGGAAGGGAGUCUCCGCCCAGGCCAGGGUGGAGGUGGACCCAUACGACCUGCUGAGCGACUCCCAGUAUGACACCACCGAAACCAUGUGUCAAAUCCUGCCCAAAGGCGUGGUUGCAGUGAUCGGCCCCGCCUCCAGCCCCGCAUCUGCUUCCACCAUCAGUCACAUCUGUGCAGAGAAGGAGGUCCCCUACGUGAAGAUCUCUCCUGAGGAGACGUCCAGGCUGCCGUACCUCCACUUCGCCUCCGUAGCACUUCGGCCCAGCGACCAGGACCUGAGCCUCGCCAUCGGGUCCGUCCUGCGCUCCUUUGGGAACCCUCCUGUCAGCCUGAUCUGUGCCAAAGCGGAGUGCCUGCAGCGGCUGGAGGAGCUGGUAUGCCGCUUCCUCAUCUCCCGGGAGACGUUGUCGGUGCGCGUGCUGGAGCGAGACCUGGACCCCACUCCCCUCCUGAAGGAGAUCCGGGACGACAAAGUGGGCACGAUCGUCGUCGACACUGACGCCUCGCUGGCACGUCGUAUCCUCGGCAAGGCUGGCGAGCUGGGAAUGACGUCUGCCUUCUACACGUACAUCCUGACCACCAUGGACUUCCCUCUGCUGGACCUGGACGCCCUACUGGUCCAGCAGCCCACCAUCAUGGGGUUUUCCAUACUGGACAGCAACCAUCCCUCCUAUCGCCAUUUCCUGAGGAGCCUCAGUGUGUGGUGGCGGGACGCCUGCACCGACCGACCCUACCCUGGCCUGCCGCUGUCAGCAGCCAUGAUGUUUGACGCUGUGCACGUGGUGACGAGCGCCGUGCGUGAGUUGAACCGCAGUCAGGAGAUGGGAGUGAAGCCGCUGGGCUGUGGCUCACCUGUCAUCUGGCAGCAUGGAACCAGCCUGAUGAACUACCUGCGCAUGGUGGAGUACGACGGGCUGACGGGUCACAUUGAGUUCAACAGCAAAGGUCAGCGUAGCAACUACACGCUGAACGUCCUGGAGAAACACCCCGGGGGUCACAGACAGAUUGGCACCUGGUACUCCAACAACACCUUGUCCAUGAAGUCCAGCCCCGUGGACCUGAAGGCAUCACAGACGCUGGCCAACAAGACGCUGGUGGUCACCACCAUUCUGGUAGAACAAGUCCUUCAGGUGCUUGUCCAGUCUUCAGCGUUUCAUCACUCCUCAGCUUUCCUCCCGCAGGAAAACCCGUACGUGAUGCGAAAGUCCAACUUCCAGGACUAUCUCGGCAACGAGCAGUAUGAAGGUUUCUGCGUGGACAUGCUGCGCGAGCUGGCGGACAUCUUGAAGUUCUCCUUCACGAUCAAGCUGGUGGACGACGGGCUGUAUGGAGCGCCGGACCCCAACGGCAGCUGGACCGGCAUGGUGGGGGAGCUCAUGAACAGGAAAGCGGACCUGGCGGUGGCCGGCUUCACCAUCACAUCAGAGAGAGAGAAGGUCAUCGACUUCUCCAAGCCCUUCAUGACCCUCGGGAUCAGCAUCCUGUACCGGGUCCACUUGGUCCGAGCUCAUUUUCUUUAUUUUGCUGAAGUGUCUUCCUGUCUGCUGCCAGGUGGUGCGGUGAUGAGCGUGUGCUUGUGUUCCAGGGUCGUAAGCCAGGAUAUUUCUCCUUCCUGGAUCCGUUCUCUCCAGGGGUGUGGCUCUUCAUGUUGUUGGCCUACCUCGCCGUCAGCUGCGUCCUCUUCCUGGCCGCCAGGUAGCAUGCGACUGUUUCUCUGCGGGUUCAGGCUCAGCCCCGACGAGUGGCACAACCAGCACGCGUGCCCGUGGGCAUGUCGAGACAUCCUGGAGAACCAGUACACCCUGGGGAACAGCCUGUGGUUCCCUGUGGGGGGCUUUAUGCAGCAGGGCUCCGAGGUCAUGCCCAGGGCCUUGUCCACACGCUGCGUCAGCGGCGUCUGGUGGGCAUUCACCCUCAUCAUCAUCUCAUCCUACACUGCCAACCUGGCUGCGUUUCUGACUGUUCAGAGGAUGGAGGCGCCAAUCGAGUCUGCGGACGACCUGGCCGACCAAACUGACAUCCAGUACGGGACGAUCCACGGGGGGUCCACCAUGACCUUCUUCAUGAAUUCCCGCUACCAGACGUACCAGCGCAUGUGGACCUACAUGCACUCCAAGCAACCCAGCGUGUUUGUCAAGACCACGGAGGACGGGAUUGCCCGUGUCCUCAACUCCAGGUACGCCUUCCUCAUGGAGAGCACCAUGAACGAGUACUACCGCCGCCUCGACUGCAACCUCACGCAGAUCGGCGACCUGCUGGACACCAAAGGCUACGGCAUCGGAAUGCCCCUCGGCUCUCCAUAUCGACAGCAGAUCACGCUGGGAGUCUUGCAGCUGCAGGAGAGCAACCGCCUGGAGGUCCUGAAGAGACGCUGGUGGGAGGGGGGACACUGUCCCAAAGAGGAGGACCACCGGGCCACAGGACUGGGCAUGGAGAACAUCGGUGGGAUCUUCGUGGUUCUCAUGUGCGGCCUCAUCACGGCCGUCAUGGUGGCCAUCAUGGAGUUUGUGUGGUCGACCCACCGCACAGUGCAGACGGAUGAGGUGUCCUUGUGUCACGAGAUGCUGCUGGAGUUUGGAAAUGCCGUCUUGCGUAAGAGGAGCUCCCGUCCCCGGCGGCGCCGACCUCUGAGUUACUCUGGGGGGCAGAUCCAGCGGGGCCCGGCCCGCUUGUCGCUUGGCCCGGCCCGCUUGUCGCUCGGCCCGGCCCGGCCCACACGUCUUGUUCGCGACAUGCGUCUUAGCAAUGGACGACUGUGCGGCAGCGGCGGUCUGCUGACACGAGCGGGGCUUGUUCGCAGGACGGGGGGAGGUCCAGACUGGAAUUUGGGCACUGGGCCUCAGAGGAUCCUGCAGGAGCCGCUCGGUACCGUCCACAUGCCGCCUCCCGUGUCGGCCAUGACGGCCCUUCCUGUCAUGCCGCACAGCUUCCUGCGUAGCUGCAGCCACAUGCGCGUCUGCCGCGAGUGCCGGCGCAUCCAAAGCCUCACCCUGCCACCCCCGCGUCCGCCCGCCUCCUCACAGUGCUCCUCCUGCCCCAGGACUGCUGCAUCGGGGCUGCUCCGCCACCUUCGCUAUUACCGUAGCGGCACCAUGUCCUUGCCCCGCCUCCCGCCCCUUACCCCAGACAGAAUACACAGUCCCCCACAGUCCAAAGCCGGGCGAGUGCCCCCACCCCGCCCGCGACCCUCCCUUAAGGUGCCACGCUUGUCACUAGACUUAGUGGGUGCGCAUAACUGAGGAGGGGGUGGGGGCUGUGAACAGUCAAACAUGCAACUUUGAAAUGGAUCCUUCCAAAGCAGCACACACACGCACACAAUGUUCUGUUUAUGAUGUGUUUGCCAAAUGCUAGUUACGUUCAUUUAACUUCUUUUGCUAUAAAAUGGCUUUUUCAUUCUCAGGAAAGUCUGU